GGGCCCAAAUAUGUGUGGCUUUGGGUAAAUUAGAAAUACAAGCAGUGUGGGCUAAAGCCCCACUAUCGAUGAUCUAUGAAAGGGAAGAGAUACCAGGGAAGGCAUUGGUGGUGGGUUGCAAAAAUUCCAUCAAUUGUUGGUAGUGCUCAUUAGAUAGACUAGGGAUUACACAUGAUGUGGAAUGAGUUGAAGUACUGGACACCAUGUUCACUGUGGGUGGCCGAUUACCACUCGAAUCAUGUGGUCAAUUUCUAGUUGGAGCUGGUUGCAGGGGAUGCUUCAGCUUAUUUGUGUUCCAAUGAUGAGGAUAACCAAUGAUUUUGAAGCAAGAGGACUCUAAAUGGCUGUCCCUUCCACAUUUGAUGCAUUUCUUGCCAUUACAAGAAUGAGACCCAUGAGUGGUCGGAGGAUGUAUGCGUGCGACAGCCAUGGCGGUAGUUUCGGGAUUGGGUAGCAAAGGGAUUUGUAAGAGGCGUUGUGUUUCUUCUUGGUGUAUGGUGGCAUAAGCUUUGGAGAUUGUGGGAAGAGGCUCCAUAGCAAUAAUUUAGCUUCGGAUAUUGGAGAAUGAAUCAUUGAGGCCCAUGAAAAAAAAUUGGAACAAUCGUUCAAUAUUGGCUAUUCCUUCGACCCUUUUACGAGCAUCACAGUUGCAGGGAUUGGGUUUGGUCAAGGCAGUGAGUUCAUUCCAUAACCCUUUGAUAGUGUUGUAGUAUGUGGUAACAAACAUAUUGCUUUGUUUGAGAUUCACUAGGUGACGAUGGAGACUAUAAAGGCAGGGUGAUUACUUUGAGAGAAAUGAUUGUCCAAAUCGAUCCAAACAUCAGGUAGUUGGGUACAGUAAAUCAAGCUUUGUUGAAGAGGUUUGUCAAUAAAGUUUAAGAGCCACGAUAGAAUCAUAUCGCUACAAAGGUCCCAGAGGAUGGCAAUUUCGAUGUCCUAUGGUUUCUUUAGAGUUCCAUCAACGAAGGCAAGUUUAUUUUUAGCAUUGAGGGCCAUAGGCAUCGAGCAUUUCCAGGAGGCAUAGUUUUCUCCAGUAAGAAGAUCUCGUAUCAGUACGGCACCAGGUUGUCGACGGGGGUUAAGAAGUAUGAGAAUGUGAGAUCAUUUAUUAGUUUUGAGGGGGUGGAUUAUGUGGAAUAAAACAUGGUGAUUGCCUGUUUUGAUGUUUGCGGAAGCUAGAAAGAAUUUAGAAGAGGUCGUAGUGAAAGGACUGUUCUAAUACCAUGAUAAAAUUCAAUACAUGCAGGAAGAAGGCUCCCUCAACUCAUAGAGAAAAUUCAACUUAUUGGGAUGGCCAUCCAAGAAAUUAAGAACAAAAUUGAUGCAGCCGAAAUGCCAGAAGUUACAAAGUAUGGAGGUCAACAAGUAUCGUCACAACCUAAAGGACCUCCUAUCUUGGAAGACAACGUUGUGGGGUUUGAGAAAGUGGGAAACGAAAUCGCAGAAAAACUUGUUAGAGGAAAGAAGCAACUACAAAUUAUUUCCAUCUUUGGAAUGCCUGGUCUUGGUAAGACGACUUUAGCAAAGAAACUAUAUAAUCAUCCCACUGUUGGCCCUUAUUUUGAUGUUCGCGCCUGGUGUGUUGCUUCUCAAACAUUUAAGAAGAGAAAUAUGUUGAUUGAAAUUUUGAUGUCAAUAGGUCACCUCAAAAGAGAAACAAUUAUGAAUAUGGAGAUUAAAGAUUUAGCUAAAAAACUUCACAAAAUUUUAAUGAGAAGGAGAUACCUUGUUGUGAUAGAUAACACAUGGGAUACGAAUGCAUGGAAUCAAUUGAAAAGAUAUUUUCCAUGUGAACAAGUCAGAAGUAGAAUAUUAUUCACCACUCGAAAUAAAGAAGUUGGUUUGAAAGCUUCAGCUAGUAUCAUGAAAGAACUUCCUUUUUUUGUCAAAAGAUGAAUGCUGGGAAUUAUUACAAAGGAAACUGUUCCAAAAAGAUGAUUGCCCUCAAGAAUUGCUAGACAUUGGGAAGCAAAUUGCAAGAAAUUGUCAUGGCCUACCACUUCAAGUGGUCGCGAUAGCUGGAGUGCUCGCAAAUAUGGAGAAGAAAGAACACUUGUGGCGCAAAGUAACAAGAAAUUUAACUUCACAUAUAUCUGAAAACUCAGACAACUGCAUUCAAAUAUUGGAACUUAGCUACAAACAUUUACCAAUGCAUUUAAAAUCAUGUUUUCUUUACUUUGGAGCUUUUCCCAGUACGGAAGUUGAUAUCACUAUGGAUUGCAGAAGGGCAUGUAAAGAAGGAAGAGCAUGAGCGUAUAGAAGACGUGGCACUAAAAUAUCUUAUGGAACUAAUUGACAGGAGCUUGGUAAUUGUCGCCCAACGAAGAUCUGAUGGGCAGGUCAAAACUUAAAAAUUCAUGAUCUAUUACGUGAAAUGUGCUUGAGAAUAGCAGGUGAAAAAUACUUUUUGAAGGUGGUCACAUCUAAUUGUCCUGAUCGAGCGCCAUUCUUCAGUCAACACAGAUGUCUGAUACUCGACAACAUGUCACCUCCUAUGAACUCACUAGCUUCUGGCCUACACGUACGCCCUCUAUAUUUUUAUAGUGAGAGGCAACCAUUUAAUUUAUGCGGCAUCAAAGUUCUGAGGGUAUUAGAUUUUCAGGGAAGCUGUGAAUGUGUGGUAGGAAUUGAACGUCUGGUUCACUUGAGGUACUUAAAAUUUCAAACUGUAUUAUUGCCACCACUGGAAAGUUUCCACAAAUUAAAAUUUCUUGAUGUGGACACUGUAUAUUCAGUUGAACUACCUGAUGUCCUUCUUAAUAUGGUGAGUUUGAGAAGUAUAAAUUUCAGGAGCGGCACAUACUUCAGUGAAUCUUGCCGCCAGCAAGCAACUAAGGAUGAUCGGUUUCAAAUAAAUAGUAACCUACAAAAUGUUUCUGCACUUACAAUUCAUGAUGAAACGGAUGAGAAAAUUCUGAGAUGCUUGCAUAAUCUUCGCAGACUGACAAUCUGGUUCGAAUCUUCACUUGAUUAUUCUUCUGACUUCGUUAAUCAGCUUGAAUCACUGAAGCUUAUUAAGGUGGGACAUUCAUCUUCCAUUUUGAUCAGUGUGCCCUUAUAUCUCAAACAAUUGACUCUAGUUAAAGUACGCAUGUCUUCUAAAGAAAUGGAGAUAAUUGAGGGGUUGCUGAAUCUUGAGGUUCUCAAAUUUUUAGAUGUUUCCUUUUAGGGAAGACAUUGGGACACAAGUGAAGUUGAAUUCUCACAACUUAAAUUCCUGAAACUCUUUAAUGUAAACCUUGCAAAAUGGAAAGCCUCAAGUGAUAAUUUCCCAAGACUUCAACAACUGGUAUUGCGAAAUUGCGAGCGUUUGAAGAUGAUCCCUUCCAGUUUAGGUCAUAUUCCGACAUUACAGAUGAUUGAAGUAUGUGGGCGUGCAAAAGCUGUCAAAGAAUCUGCUAAGCAAAGUCUGGAAGAACAACAUGACAUGGGAAAUGAAGAUCUUAAAGUCAUAAUCUCAGACUUGGGAAGUGAAGAACAAGAAGAAAGUGGACGUGAAGAACAAAGUGAAGAACAAGAAGAAAGUGAAAGUGAAGAACAAUGUGA